CAGGAUGACAGGAACAGAUGUGUUUGGAAUUACUGUACCUCUUAUUACCAGUACUACUGGAGAUAAACUGGGAAAGACUGCUGGCAAUGCAGUUUGGCUGAACAGAGAUAAGACUUCACCAUUUGAACUGUAUCAGUUUUUUGUCAGACAGCAAGAUAACACAGUUGAAAAAUACCUGAAACUCUUCACCUUCCUUCCUCUUGAGGAGAUUGACCACAUCAUGGAAAUGCACGCUAAAGAACCUGAAAAAUGGGGCCCUCAGAAGCGACUUGCUGCAGAAGUGACCAAGCUUGUUCAUGGUAGAGAGGGGCUAGAGUCUGCUAAGAGGUGUACUAAGGCCCUGUAUUACAGCAGCAUGGAGGCAUUGGAAGCUAUGUCUGACCAAGAGUUACAGGAACUUUUUAAACAAGCUCCUUCGGCUGAAUUGCUGCUUGAACCCGGAAUGAACGUUCUUGACUUGUGUCGCAAAGCAAAUGCCAUUCCAGACGGACCUAGUGGGUACCAGAAAAUAACAGAUGGUGGAGUUUCAGUAAAUGGGAUUCGAGUAACUGAUCCCGAGACUAUUCUUGUUCUCGGACAGCAUAUUCUCCAGAAUGGAGUAUCAUUGCUUAGGGUUGGAAAAAAAAAUUACUACAUUAUAAAAUGGCUGCAGUUGUGACAACAGAAGGCCUCCCAGAACUGACGUAUCAGCUCGACUCUGUGGCUCCCAGACGUACUUGAAGAUGUUUCUAUGCUGUGCAUUACUACGCAGCUCACAGA